AUGUGCGAAUAUCUCGCACAAACCCGCAGGCGCCUACUGGAGCAGGGGGUCUUAACAUCGCCGUUAUCUAGCGAUGAACACAAUGCGCUCGCUGAGGCGAGACGAGCGCAUAAUCUCUCUCUACGCCGCCCGCCGCCGCAGGACUUUUACGAGGACGCCGCCGGGACGGCGCCCAAGCGCGUGUGCGCACUGACGACGCCGCCAAAAACCGAGACUCAACAUUUGAUGCCGCCGCAACCGCAGGCGCCGUUGUCUCAAAGAGACCCGCGCCGUCGUCGCCUGGCGGAUGCGCCCAUGGGCAUGACGCCCACCAUGGCGCCCCCCGCACCCCAUCAAGUGGCGGCUCAAACGGAGCCGCAGGUCACGGCGGACACGGAUUUAUCGACGACCGCCCCGCCCAUGGGCACGACGCCCACCACGGUGCCUCCCGCACCCCCACAAGCGACGGUUCAGUCGACGCCGCAAGACGCGGCGAACUCAUACGCCGCGAUGACCGCCUCGCCGGCAGUAGCCCGCCGGCCCCCCCUCGCACCCCUGCCCCCCGCCGCAUCGAAGCCGAAAUAUCCGCCGUUUGUGAUCGAGUCCCUCCCUGACUGGACGGUGCAUGUCAGGGAGAUGAAAAAAAGGCUCGGGCGCACGGUCAACGGCGGUUUUUGGGAGGGGCUGAAAAAUCAUCCCAGAAGACGAGGAAGAGUACCGUGUGGUGCAGCGCCUGUGGAGGUGGGGGAGGGACACCACGCCACAGAUUGCCCCCUGCCAAAGGGGCAACGCCGAAGUGCGUCAACUGAAGGGGCGCACCCGGCAAACCACAGCACGUGCCCUGUGCUAAAGGAGGAGGCGCGCAAUAAGCGCGCAGGCACAGUGGCACACACCACACGGGGCAUGGGCGCCUCGAAGGCGCGCGGCGCACAUGGCGCGCCUGGCGCGCCUGGCGCACCUGGCGCAAGUGGCGCGCGGGGCGCGCGUGGUGCGCAUGGCGCGCAGAGCGCGCGUGACGCGCAUGGCGCGCAUGGCGCACAUGGCGCUUCUGCCCCUGCACCCGCAAAGCAUGGAGACGAGCCGCGCACGCAAGCGCAGGCUGAGCCGCGCGCCCAUGGGCAGCACGUUUCGUACCAUCGAGAUGUAGACAUCAUCUCCUACCCUGCGGAGCCCCUGCGAGGUCAGCGCAGGCGCCCCAGAGGUGGGAGAGGUCGGGGGGGGUUGAAACCCCCCGCCCCCCCGCGCGCGGAGUUUUCUGCGCAAGCUGAGGCUGGCCCCAGUAGGGCCGCCGCCGACUCCGCUCCAGCCGAUGGAGCCACCAGAGCCGCCGGACAGCGAGCCGCACGCCCCCACAGUGGGGGCCCACUGGGGGGCCUAACGCCUCCCAUUGAGGCGGCGAUCGCAGCAGCGGUUGACAGGGCGGUCAACGAAUUAAUGGGCGCCCUAUACCCGCCCCCGUCCGAUCAUCAUGCAGGACGCCGGGGGCGCAGUCGAGGCGUAAGAAAACAAAGAAGAUGA